AUGAGAAAUCACACAGCAAUAACAACGUUCAUCCUUCUGGGGCUCACAGAAGAUCCUCAGCUAAAGGUUGUCCUUUUUAUUUUCCUACUUACCACCUACAUGUUGAGUGUAACUGGAAAUCUCACCAUUAUUAUACUUACCUUGGUGGAUCCCCACCUUAAAACACCCAUGUAUUUUUUCCUUCAAAAUUUCUCUUUCUUGGAAAUAUCGUUUACAACUGCAUGUGUUCCAAGAUUUCUAUACAGUAUAUCAACUGGAGACAGAACAGUUACUUAUAAUGCAUGUGUCAUACAACUAUUUUUAACAGGUAUCUUUGAGGUAACCGAAUUCUUUCUUUUGGCCAUCAUGUCUUAUGACCGCUAUGUGGCCAUCUGCAAACCUUUGCAUUAUAUGAUAAUUAUGAACAACAAAGUGUGCAAAACAAUGAUUAUUUGUUGUUGGAUGGCAGGAUUUAUGGUUAUUCUCCCACCAUUUAGUUUAGUUCUGAAUCUAGAAUUCUGCAACUCGAAUGUCAUUGAUCAUUUUGGCUGUGAUGCACCUCCUAUGCUAAAAAUCUCAUGUUUAGAUACAUGGUUAAUUGAGAAGAUGGUUAUAGCCUGUGCUGUACUGACAUUCAUUAUUACUCUUGUAUGUGUAGUUAUCUCCUACACAUACAUAAUUAACACAAUUCUAAAAUUCCCUUCUGUCCAGCAAAGGAAAAAAGCCUUUUCCACCUGUUCUUCCCAUAUGAUUGUGGUUUCUAUCACCUAUGGCAGCUGCAUCUUCAUCUAUAUCAAACCUUCGGCAAAACAGAAGGUUGAGAUUAAUAAAGGAGUAUCAGUGCUCAUUUCAUCCGUAUCACCAAUGUUGAAUCCUUUCAUAUAUACCCUGAGGAAUAAGCAAGUUAAACAAGCUUUUAAUGACUCAUUCAAAAAAAUUGCAUUCUUAUCAAAAAACUAA